ACACCUGGAUACACCUGGGGGACAUGGGAUGCACCUGGAUACACCUGGGGGAUGUGGGAUACACCUGGAUACACCUGGGGGACAUGGGAUACACCUGGGGGACACCUGGGAUAUCCUUGGGGAUCUCCGUGGUCAGCUACACACUCGAGGACGUGCACGAUGAGCAGGAUUACCUGCACUCNCUGGGCAAGGCCCGCACGGCUCAGGUGCAGCGCGACGCCCGCGUGGGAGAGGCCGAGGCCAAGCGGGACGCCGGGAUACGG